UUGGCGUUUACGUACGAGUUUGUCGCCGUCGCAUUGUCGCUUAGAGCGAUGCAGAUUCACUUUGACGCUCUUACGACCUGCUUUUUUGUGUGACAGGUGUGUGAAAUUAACUGUUUUGAAAGAAGAAAUAAGUGCAAACACGUACCGCUGGUCUACGAUCUGCUUUCAUCUUUCCCACAGGAGCGUCCCUUUGUUCGGUCUAACCAAGUGGGCUGAGUCAGACAGAGGCUAACAGCCUGACAAAUCUAUGCGACCGUGCUAACGACAAGAUCGAGAGGAAAAAUCUACAAAAAAAAGACAUAAAGGGAUCUACAAUACUUAGCGAGUGAACGUCUUUUGAGACCCCCUAAAAACGAAAGUUUGUUUGAAUGUUGCUGAUGCUGCGCCUCCAUUCGGAAGCGGCGUGGACCCGUCCGGCUUUGUCUCACCAUACACUGACAAUUGGCAAAAGUACGUGGUGUUUUCUUUGAACGCGGCGUCAUCAGAAUGAACCGUCAGGCAAACCGCUAAGCCAUCUUUCGGUCAAUCGCUGACAGUGUGCGGUUCGCAUCAUCCAUCCAUCCACACGCGCACACACACACAGCUCCGAUCCACACUCUCCCUUUCUGUCUCGGCUCAGCAUCCAUAUUUGCAUCCCAGGGAGUGGCAGCCCUAACCCCUUUCCUCAAGGCAGGGGGAAAAAAAUUGAAAGUUUGCCGGUUCCCGUGCGGCCUCUGACACUAAUCUUAUAAAAGGAAGCUAAACAUGGAGAGAAAGAGCCACCAUUUUCACAUCUAGUGCCUGAUCCACAAGCCUUUAACACCCCGGAACAAGUUGUCAGCUCCUGGCCACCUCUCUACAACUGUGGAAUGAAUAUGCUGAAAUCCAGCGGACUUAAAAUCCCUGGCCGGGGGCCAAAACAUUCCAGCCCAGUGGGAAGGACCUCAGCUGGGGGAACUUCCUGCCCUGUUGUCUCCAAAGACAACCCCCCACACAAGCCUACCACACCAACUAAGCUCUCCGAAGUGGGUGACGAAGUUUUGGGAGAUUAUACAGUGGGCGAACAGGUCUGGGUCAAUGGUGUCAAGCCAGGAGUCAUUGCCUACCUAGGGGAAACCCAGUUUGCCCCAGGACAGUGGGCCGGGGUGGUACUAAACGACCCAGUUGGCAAAAACGACGGUUCCGUGGGUGGCGUACGCUACUUUGAGUGCCAGCCACUCCAGGGCAUCUUCACACGGCCCUCAAAGCUCACCCGACAGUUGGUUGGAGAGGGAAGCGACAGCCACUCCACCGACUCACAGAUGACCCAGAGCCAACCUCAGCACGGAAGCAGCAGUGCCCCCACUGGCCAGCGGGUAGUAGUGCCUCUCAGAGAGGGCCUGCUCAAUAGCACAGUGAAAACAGGAAAUGAAUCUGGGUCCAACAUGUCCGACAGCGGCUCAGUCAAGAAAGGCGGGGACAAGGAUCUUCGAGUUGGAGAUCGUGUCUUGGUAGGGGGCACUAAGAUGGGAGUGGUGCGCUACAUGGGUGAGACUGACUUUGCCAAGGGUGAGUGGUGUGGGGUGGAGCUGGAUGAGCCUUUGGGGAAGAAUGAUGGUGCAGUAGCUGGCACAAGGUACUUUCAGUGCCUUCCCAAGUUUGGCCUGUUUGCCCCAAUCCACAAGGUGAUCCGCAUCGGCUUCCCCUCCACCAGCCCGGCCAAAGCCAAGAAGAGUAAGCGGAUGGCCAUGGGGGUUUCCUCCCUGGCCCACAGCCCCAGCAGCUCCUCCAUCAGCUCUGUCAGCUCUGUGGCCUCUUCUGUGGGUGGACGGCCCAGUCGUGCUGGAUUGUUAACAGAGACAUCGUCGCGCUACGCCCGCAAGAUCUCAGGUACCACAGCCCUGCAGGAGGCGCUGAAGGAGAAGCAGCAGCACAUCGAACAGCUGCUGGCAGAGAGGGACUUGGAGCGCGCUGAGGUGGCCAAGGCCACCAGCCACAUCUGUGAGGUGGAGAAGGAGCUCAGCAUUCUGAAGGCCCAGCACAUGCAGUAUGUGACAGAGAAUGAGAGCACCCUUCAACAAGUCAAAACUCUGCUGGCCAGCACACAGAAAGACAAAGUGGAAUUGGCCAAUCAGCUUGAAGAAGAGAAAAGGAAAGUGGAGGACCUUCAGUUCCGAGUGGAGGAGGAGUCCAUUACCAAAGGAGACCUGGAGGGAAGUGGCACACAUGAUGCAGGUUCCUUGAGGUUGGGUAAGAGAACCAAGCAAACCACGGUUGAGGAAAAGAGCCGUAUCAUGCAGCUGGAGGAGGAGCUAACCCUGAGGCGAGUAGAAAUCGAGAACCUCCAAGCUCAGCUCAGAGGUACCCAGUCUGGCUCUCAGCAAACCAGCAUCGAUGACGGCACCGCUGAGCCAGGAACCCAGCAAGAGACCCUUCUCCUCCGGCAGCAGCUGCUAUCGGCAGGGCGUGAGCACUACAAGGAGAGCAGUGAGCUGAAGGAGAAGUAUGAAGAUGCCUUGGCGGUGAGCCAGCAGCAGAUUGACACGCUCAAGGCUGUGGUGGAGAAACAAAACCAAGAGAUCAGUGAGCUGAAGCAGAAGGUCCAACAGGCCACCAAGGAAAACAUGGAAAUGAUGGACAGCUGGAAGGAAAAACUCGACUCACUAGUCACUGACCACCAGCGCUCAUUGGAAGAGCUGAAAGCCUCAUUGACAAGUGACCGUACUUCAUCCUCAGGCCAGGAGAGGGAUCCCCAGGAGCUUCGAAGUGCCCUGGAGAGCCUGAAACUGGAGCAUCAGCUAGAGAUUGAGAAUCUCAAGGCCAAGCACAAGAUCGAGGCAGCUGUUCUGACCAAGGAGCGAGAGGACCUCUGCACACGGCUCCAGGAAGCCAAGGACCAGCUCAACGACAGCAGUCAUGCUUGGAGGAGCCAGGAUGAGGCCAAAACCAAUAACCAGCCACAGGAACUGAAGGAGGCCGUAGAAAAGCUGCAGAAGGCUGAACAGAGGCUGGCAGAGUCGGAGAAGCUUCAGAAGGAGCAGGACAGAGCCCGAGAGGAGCUAAGAGAGAGGCUGGAGCUGUCAGAAAAGAAGAUGUCCGACUACCAGGCUUUACAGAAAGCCAAUGCAGAGAGCAGAGAGGAGAUCCAGAGCCUGGAGGAGAAACUGAGAGUGACAGCAAACCAGCUCCAGGCCAUAGAGGCAGACCGCUACACAUCCAAUGAUGCAAAUGUGAUAGAGGAUAAUGAAAUCUCUGAUGAAAAGAUGUCACUGAAACAAAAUAUUGAAGAAACGAUGGAGAAGCUAGUGAAAAGGGAAAAGGAGGUCUCCACUCUAUCUUCACAAGUUGAUGCGCUCAAAUCACAAAUUACUGCGUUGGAGGGCAAAGUUCGCUCAGGGGAAAAAAAAGCAGAUAUCCUCACCAAGGAGAAGAUGCGUCUGGAGACAGACCUUGAGUCCAUGACCAAAAAGUCCCAUGAUGCUUCUGGACAGCUGGUCAUCAUUAGCCAGGAGCUACUGAAAAAAGAGAGGAGUUUGAAUGAGUUAAGGGUGUUACUUCUGGAUUCACACCGCCACUCCCGAGAAAUGGAUAGGGAGCUUAGCCGAGAGGUGCACAAGGCUGAGUGGAAGAUCAAGGAGCAGAAGCUGCAGGACGAUAUCAAGACCCUGCGUGAGAAACUCCUUCUACUGGGUCGUGAACGGUCCUCCCCGGACCACCGGCGGUACUCCAUGCUGGAUCCCUCAGCCCUAGACUCUGAGGUGAACCAACUGCGCCAGCGGCUGCUUAGCACCGAGGAUGCCCUGCGGUCCGCCUUGGAACACAAUCAGCAAGUUGACCAGCUGGUCCAGGCCAUGCGCAGGCACCCAGACAAAAGCCCGAUGCAGGGAGCAAAUUCAGCCAAUGGAAUACACCAAGAAGAUUCAGAUGUAACUCAAGAUGAACAACACUGAUAUGAGAAGAGGAGGGAAGCCUAAAUGGGCGACACAAGAGUUGCAUUUGAAAGAAAAAACCAGUAUGACAUUUAGCCUAAAGCUGCGGUGGACUCCUGAAGAUUUUUUUUCUCAAUUUAGUGUUAAUACCAAAACAGCAACCCUCUAUUUCAAGUGAAUUUGUGUUGCAUUACACAUGUUAGCCAAUCAUGAAGACAGAUCAAGGUACUAUAAAGUAUAGUCCAGGGAUGGACUUGGAGUCAAAGAGAUAUUGAUACAGUGUUGAGCACAUACGGCAACUUUGUGUGCUUUAUGACAGUUAGAGAGCUUAAAUGUAAGAGUUGCUGGGACAAUUUAGGAUUUUGUCCCAGAAGGCAAACAAAUGGUGGGCAGUGCUGUGGAGAACUAAAAAAUUGUGUCUCUGAUGCCCUGUUUAUUUAUUACUUUUACUUUGCUUUGUAAUAAUGUUCUGUAGAUAAGCUGUUUUGGCCAGUGACAGCCACUGUCAAGCCACACUACAUUGUCAGACUCUGCGGAGUAGUCUAUGAAGACUAAAGAUUUAUAUUAAUGAAAGUGGGAAGCCUGCUGAAUUCAUUUCAGACUUAGGUCUGUGUCUAUAGAAUGAAUUUAUGAAAAUUUUCCAGAUUUGUGCAUUCGCUAAAAACUCAGUCAGUCCAUCUUUGUACUAUUGCACCUCUUAGCUAUCAGUAAUAAUCAAUUCUUAUUUUCUGUGCACUAGCAUUAUGUAUUGUUACAUCAGACUCCAUACAUAUACGAUUAUUAACUAGGUAUGCGGUAUCAGAUAAAAGCCCUGUGAUGCUGAAACAGCUACAGCAAGAUGUUAUAGAAUUAUUUGGCCUUUUCUUGAGUCAGGCUACAAAAGGGCUAUUAAAAGUUUGAAACCCAAAGCUUAGAUGUUCAAUUAUUUGUUGCCACAGUUCGGCACAAUCUGGACUUAAUUAUAAAAAAAAAACAUGAUCAUAAUACAGCAUUUGUUCAGUAAGUCUUCCAAAUAGUUACAUUCCUUUUAAAAACUAAUGUAGGAGAUCCCAACUGUAGUCAGAUGCUUGACUAGUCACAAUUGACCGCACCAUUGCUUCAGGAGAGAACAUUGCACAGUGGUGAGUGGCAACGAAUUAAAGUUGGAAGUGAUAAUUCCUGGACAAAAAAAAAAAGUGUAGGGCCAGUGGUCAGUGAAAAUUAAAUAUUCCAUUAGAUAAUGUACAUGGCCUUUCCAGAUGGAAGAUUCAUACCCUUGAUUAUUGCUGCAAUGAUUUCGGAGACUGAGUCAUUAAAUAUUAACA